GUUUGAAGUCAAAUCUGACAGCCGCUGCCUUGCCCGGUCCUUUUUUUUCUGUCUCUCCCGCUCUCUGGUGGUCAUCCCGUCUCGUUUAAGAGUUGAGUCGGGACUGUGGGAGCGCGCGUCUGAUCGCUGUCUUCAACUUGGGGUGAAGAAAGACAGAGGAAACUCCUCGGGAUUCUCCGUACACCGAGCUCUGAUCCGGAUAUUCUGUUUGACGUGUUGAAGUGCUUCUUAAGGAGAAUUCUGGGGAGAUUUCUUACUCUUUCAUUCCUCAAGGAUGAAGCAGCACAGUGGACCUGUGUACUGAAACAGCUCCCACUUUUGAAACUUCAUGUUCCAGGAUGAACCAUGAGCAAAGGUUGUGAGGGCCUGUUUCUAUCGUCCUGUCAUUCAGUGAGGCAGUGAGCUCACGGUGGAUACAGCAUGCAUGUGUCGACAUAUCCCAUGAUGCACUCUGCCAAUCCAGGCCUGCUCCUCCUUAGUUUCCUGUUCCUCGCGGAUGCCGACUCACCCCCCAGAUUUACACGAACCCCAGAAGACCAAACAGGAGUCCAGGGGGGAGUGGCCUCCUUCGUGUGCCAGGCCACGGGGGAUCCACAGCCCAAGAUUGUCUGGAACAAGAAAGGCAAAAAAGUCAGCAACCAGAGAUUUGAGGUAAUAGAAUUUGACGACGGGUCCGGCUCGGUCCUGAGGAUCCAGCCACUGAGGACCCCGAGAGACGAGGCUAUUUACGAAUGUCACGCCUCCAACUCUGCAGGAGAGAUCACUGCCUCCACUAGACUAAGUGUGCUACGAGAGGACCAGCUGCCCUCUGGGUUCCCCACCAUAGACAUGGGUCCCCAGCUGAAAGUGGUUGAGCGUUCUCGGACCGCCACCAUGCUCUGUGCUGCUAGCGGCAACCCUGACCCAGAAAUUACCUGGUUCAAGGAUUUCCUGCCGGUCAACACGUCCAACAACAACGGACGAAUCAAGCAGCUCCGCUCAGAGUCCUUUGGUGCCCUCCAGAUAGAGAUGAGCGAGGAAUCAGACCAGGGGAAGUAUGAGUGUGUUGCCACCAACAGCGAUGGGACACGCUAUUCCACCCCAGCCAACCUCUAUGUCAGAGAGCUGCGAGAAGUGCGUCGUGUCCCUCCUCGUUUCUCCAUCCCCCCAGCGGACAGCGAGAUAAUGCCAGGGGGAAAUGUCAAUAUCACCUGUGUGGCAGUGGGCUCCCCUAUGCCGUACGUGAAGUGGAUGCUAGGAGCAGAGGACCUGACACCCGAGGAUGACAUGCCCAUCGGACGCAACGUCCUGGAACUGACUGACGUACGGCAGUCCAAUAACUAUACAUGUGUCGCCAUGUCAACGCUCGGCGUGAUUGAGGCGGUGGCACAGAUCAUUGUAAAAGCUCUGCCGAAGGCUCCUGGUACCCCUGUGGUGACGGAGAGAACUGCAACAAGCAUUACACUCACCUGGGAUUCUGGCAACCCCGAGCCUGUUUCCUACUAUAUUAUACAGCACCGUGCCAAAGGGUCAGAAGACCCCUAUAAAGAGAUUGAUGGCAUCGCUACAACGCGCUACAGUGUGGGCGGCCUCAGCCCGUACUCCCACUAUGACUUUCGGGUGGCCGCAGUUAACACGAUUGGCCAGGGCCCCUCCAGCGAGGUCGUGGAGGCACGCACAGCUGAGCAGGCCCCCUCCUCGCCUCCUCGACAGGUCAGAGGUCGUAUGCUGAGCACCACAACAGCAAUCAUCCACUGGGAUGAACCAGAGGAACCUAACGGACAGGUGGUGGGCUACAGAGUGUACUACACCUCAGACAACACACUGCCAGUCAACCAGUGGGAGAAGCAGAUGGUGCGCAGUGCCAACUUCAUAACCAUCCAGGGGUUGACUCCUAACAAGACUUAUUAUAUCAGAGUGCUGGCCUUCACCUCUGUGGGAGACGGACCCCUGUCCCAGGACCUGCAGAUUAUAGCCAAGACUGGAGUACCAUCCCAACCUUCUGAAUUUAAGGGUGAGGCCAAGUCUGAGACCAGUAUCCUGUUGUCCUGGGUGGCCCCACCCCAGGGUGGUCCCGACAACCAGAUCACAGGAUAUGAACUGGUCUACCGCCGAGCUGACGACACAGAGGAGAAGAAAGUGAGCUUUGAGCCUACUACCUCCUACCUGUUGAAGAACCUCAAGCCUUUCUCCACCUACACCUUCCAGUUGGCUGCCAGGAGCAAGCAUGGAAUUGGGGCGUAUACCAACGAAGUGUCCAUCGACACACCACAGACGCUUCCUUCAGCACCUCCCCAGGACAUCACAUGCACCAGUCCCAGUUCUACCAGCAUCCUGGUAAGUUGGGCUCCACCUCCUCUGGAGUUUCAGAAUGGCGUCAUUACGGGAUACUCCAUCCAGUACUCCACAACAGAGGGCAACAAGAUGACUAAAAGAAUAGAUGGAAUUCCUCCAGAAAGUUCUCCGUAUCGCCUGGAAAAUCUAGAGAAAUGGACUGAGUAUGGCAUAACGAUACGGGCGCAGACGGAGGCUGGGGAUGGACCUGAAAGUUUACAGCUGCUUAUCCGCACCGAGGAAGAUGUUCCAAGUGGUCCUCCGCGAGGGGUGGAGGCAGAGACUGUGAACGCCUCGGCCGUUAGGGUGAAAUGGCGAGCACCAGCGCCAGAACGGCAGCAUGGUCAGAUCCGGGGCUACCAAGUCCACUAUGUGAGGAUGAACUACGGUGAACCUCAGGGUCAGCCCUUCAUCAAGGACAUCCUCAUAGAGGACUCUCAGGGCUUACACUGCCAAGGGUGAUGGUGCUCGCAGCAAACCUGUUACUGUCUGCUCCGCCCUGCCAUUGCCUGAGAAGCCCAAACUGAUGGUGAGUGCCACUGAUUCAGGUACUGCUCUGCUUCAGUGGUACCCAUUGCCUAACCCACCCACCCCCCUCCUGGGGUACCGCCUCACCUUCGGCCGCAUCGACGUCCUUCCCUUUACGGUGGUGGAGUUCCCCACCAAAGAGAACCGCUACACCGCCCAAGACAUCCACAAGGGAGCUAACUAUGUGUUCAGACUCUCUGCCCGUAACAAAAUGGGCUAUGGGGAGGAGGCUGUAAAGGAGGUGACUACUCCAGAAGACGCCCCAAGUGGAUACCCAGAAAAUGUUUUCUUAGAAGAGGCUUCUGCCACCUCCCUCCGGGUGGCGUGGAAAUCAGUCCCACUUAUUGAGCAAAAUGGAAAAAUUGUGAAGUACUCAGUGCUGUACAAGGAUAUAAACAGUCGAGGGAACGCCUCAGAAGUUGUGGUGCCCGCUCCAGGGUCGAGCGCUUUGUUGGAGGGUCUGAAUGCUGAUACUAUGUAUGAUGUCAGGUUGUGCGCGUUCACAGCUGUCGGCCCUGGGCCGUACGGUCCCAGUGUCCAGUUUAGGACGCAACGGCUAGACCAAGUUUUUGCCACCAACUUCAGAGUAAAGGCUGCCAUGAAGAACUCUGUCCUGCUGUCCUGGGAGAUCCGAGACAAAAACCCUGCCCAGCCAUUCACCAUCCUGUAUGGAAAGGGCCAGUCUGUUGAAGUGGACGGGAAGCAGACCCAGAAGCUGAUCACUGGCUUGGAGCCAGACACCCAGUACUCCUUUCUGCUCACCAACCGGGCCAACAGCGCCGGAGGUCUACAGCACCGCGUCACCGCCACCACCGCCCCAGAUAUCUUUAAAACCAAACCGACUGUGGUGGGAAAGACCAAUGCAGACGGCAUGGUGACUGUGCAGCUACCAACUGUGCAGACCACAGCCAAAGUCAGGGGUUACUACGUGGUGGUGGUGCCACUGAAGAAGCAGAGAGCAGGGAAGUUCCUGAACCCCUGGGAGGAGCCCGACCAGAUGAACUUGGAUGAGCUCCUGAAAGAGAUCAACAGGACCAGUGUCAGUCGUGCCCUCCGCAUCCGCAGACAAGCUGGCCAAUCAGAUCCCAGGGCCUACGUCACGGCCCACUUUAAGACCCUCCCCAUGGAGUUCACGUUGGGUGAUGGGCGGAACUAUGGUGACUUCCGCAACCGUCCGCUGCAGAACGGACAGGAAUAUGUUUUCUUUGUGCUUGCGCUGCUAGACCUCUCGGAGAAUACUAUGUACGCCACUAGCCCUUAUUCUGAUCCUGUGACCUCAUCGGAUGUGGAUCCUCAGCCAAUUGUCGAUGAAGAAGAGGGUCUUUUGUGGGUGGUAGGGCCCGUGCUGGCAGUCAUCUUCAUCGUCUGCAUUGUCAUCGCCAUUCUCCUCUUCAAGAGCAAACCUGACAGGAAAAGGGCUGAGGCAGAAGGCAGGAAGGGCAGUUUCCCCUGCAGCAAAGCCAUGUCGUCCCACCAUCCAACUGAUCCCGUGGAGCUCCGCAGAAUCAACUUCCAGACUCCAGCCUAUCGUGUAUCAGUGUACCGCGGUUAUCGACGUUUGUCAAGCAUGGCAAGUCACCCGCCCAUCCCCAUCUCUGAGCUGGCAGAUCACAUUGAGCGCCUCAAGGCAAACGACAAUCUCAAGUUCUCUCAAGAGUACGAGUCCGUCGACCCCGGUCAGCAGUUCACAUGGGAGAACUCCAACCUAGAGGUCAACAAACCAAAGAACCGCUAUGCUAACGUCAUUGCCUAUGAUCACUCCAGGGUUAUACUCUCCAGCAUUGAGGGUGUCCCAGGCAGUGACUAUAUCAACGCUAACUAUGUUGAUGGCUACCGCCGUCAGAAUGCCUAUAUCGCCACUCAGGGAUCCCUCCCUGAGACUUUUGGGGAGUUCUGGAGGAUGGUCUGGGAGCAGCACACAGCCAACAUUGUCAUGAUGACCAAGCUGGAAGAGAAGUCACGGGUGAAGUGUGAUCAGUACUGGCCAACACGGGGCACAGAGACGUACGGCCUCAUCCAGGUCACUCUGCUGGACACAGUGGAGCUGGCCACCUACUCUGUCAGGACCUUCGCGCUUUACAAGAGCGGCUCCAAUGAGAAGCGUGAGGUUCGUCACUUCCAGUUCACGGCCUGGCCAGACCACGGGGUGCCUGAACACCCCACCCCCUUCCUGGCUUUCCUACGCAGGGUCAAGGCCUGCAACCCUCCAGAUGCUGGACCCAUGGUUGUCCAUUGCAGUGCUGGAGUGGGCCGCACUGGCUGCUUUAUCGUGAUCGACGCCAUGGUGGAGCGAAUCAAGCACGAGAAGACCAUUGACAUCUACGGCCAUGUCACGCUGAUGCGCUCCCAGAGGAACUACAUGGUCCAGACGGAGGACCAGUACAUCUUUAUUCAUGAUGCACUGCUGGAGGCUGUGACCUGCGGGAACACAGAGGUCCCCGCGAGGAACCUGUACUCCUACAUUCAGAGGCUGACGCAGAUUGAACCAGGAGAGAAUGUCACCGGCAUGGAGCUGGAGUUCAAGCGUCUGGCCAGUGCCAAGGCCCACACAUCACGGUUCGUGAGUGCCAACCUGCCAUGCAACAAGUUCAAGAACCGACUGGUGAACAUCAUGCCCUACGAGACCACGCGUGUGUGUCUGCAACCAAUCAGAGGAGUGGAGGGCUCUGACUAUAUCAACGCCAGCUUCAUUGACGGUUACAGGCAGCAGAAGGCCUACAUAGCAACCCAAGGCCCGCUGGCUGAAACCACAGAGGACUACUGGAGGAUGCUGUGGGAACACAACUCCACCAUAGUUGUCAUGCUAACCAAACUGAGAGAAAUGGGACGGGAGAAGUGUCACCAGUACUGGCCUGCAGAGCGUUCAGCCAGGUACCAGUACUUUGUGGUGGAUCCCAUGGCUGAGUACAACAUGCCGCAGUACAUCCUCCGAGAGUUCAAAGUCACUGAUGCCAGGGACGGCCAAUCGCGGACAGUUCGUCAGUUCCAGUUCACCGAUUGGCCAGAGCAAGGAGUGCCAAAGUCAGGGGAGGGAUUCAUUGAUUUCAUUGGCCAGGUGCACAAAACUAAAGAACAGUUUGGCCAGGAUGGGCCAAUUACCGUGCACUGCAGUGCGGGAGUAGGGAGGACUGGUGUGUUCAUCACCCUCAGCAUCGUGCUGGAGAGGAUGAGGUACGAAGGAGUGGUGGACAUCUUCCAGACUGUCAAGAUGCUGCGCACCCAGAGACCUGCCACCGUUCAGACAGAGGACCAGUACCAGUUCUGCUACCGGGCCAGUCUGGAGUACCUGGGAAGCUUUGAUCACUAUGCAACAUAAACCCAGUGGCCAUCUCUCAUGCCACAUCCCACCUAGUGCACUUUUCUUGGGGCACAUGCGACCUGAAUUAAUGCACUAGGCUGCGAUGUGUCUUUGAAGAUUUUUUUGCCACCACAUGCAGAGUGAAGGGGGACCAUCGGCUUAUCCCGUAUCCAGAAACAGCACCUCUAACUGAGCCAUAGCAACCUGCUUGACAAGGGUGUUUCCUUUCACCCUUAGCCCAAACACACCCAUUGGUCAGUCUGAAGAAGCAACUUCAACCACUGUUCCAAUCAGAAUACUUGAUCAGAUAUUGAUUUUUAUUUGUUUCAGUGCUUUUGUAAGCACCCAGAUUGCUUUACAUUGUUUGGGUGUGGAACUCUCACCUCGUCCACCACCAGUGUAGCAUCACCAACCUAAAUACAGGACCCGGCUACAGUCUUUAGCUGUCACAGGAAAUUUUGAUUUUUCUAUUUUGAGGACUGUCUAGAAGGAGUCUACAAAUCCAUCUUAUGGAAGCCUCGUGGAUUGAAAGAACUGGGACUUUUGAGCACCAGAGAAUUGCCAACAGGAGACUGAAAAACACAGAGCACACAGUAUUAAAGAGACAAAGAACACACAUCCCAAAAAAAAAAGACACCAAGAAGUGUUUUCUUUUUUUCUGUUUUGUUUUGGAAACAGACUCUCGUUUCCUGGGAAUGAAAAAGAGGAUAUUUCUACCAUACAGUAAUAAAAACCACCAGUUCAACCUUAUGCUUCACGGUUUAAGAUAACUGAAAUUUGAGAGAGGUUUAAAAUGCAUACCACAAAGUAAGAACAUUCAUUUAGUUUUUUAGAAAAAUAUAGAUAUGUAUCUUGUUUUUUAAAAACUGGGUAUUCCUUGUGGCACGAUUUGUUUUUUGUUUUGACAGAUUUAUGACUUUGUCCCCACUGACCAUACAAAGUUGUUGUUUUUUUUCUUUUUCUGUGUAAUCCAAUGAGCUGUAGCGAUUUUUUAAAAAGUGAUACGGUACUGUUUUAAAGUGUACAAUCAAAUCUAGUGUGGAAAAUGUUCACGACUCUAUGAGAAACACCACCAUUGAGUGUCACUCUUCUGUAUUCUCUACCCACACACACACACGUUUCGCAUGCACACAAGACUCUCAACUUCAUUUCUAUCUGGCCUGUGCCGUCAGAGAGGACGGUCAUUUUCGAAUCCCCCAGGGGCCCCACAGAGGUACAGUAUUCACCCUGCUGCUACCAGAAAGAAUAAUCUUGCCAAGUUGUUCUAUGUGCAGGUUGAGAGAAAGCCAGAUAAAAUACUGCAGAGAGUAUGCACAGAAAGCAAAAUAUAGAAAAAAAAAACAACUAUUUAUGUGUCCAAAUAAGCUUCACAAAGAUUUCUCAAGCAGGGAGCGAGAAAGGGAUGUAGAAAAGUGGGAUGGGAUGGGGGGGAGGUCGGGAAAAGGAACAAUUUUCUCACUGGAAUGCUCACCUAUGACUUUUCUCUCUGUCUGAUUCAGUGUGCAAUAAGUAGAUGUAUUAUAUAUUUUUGUGUCAAGUCACUAACUGCAGUUAUACGCCAUUAUGACAACGAUGAUAUUGAUGAUGGUGCAUCAUUUUCCAGACACAAGGAUGUUACGCUCGAUAUGGUUCUCCCCACCAUUUAAUGUGUCCAAACAGAGGAACAAGCCUCUGAAACUUUUUAGGAAGUCGAUCUUUUAUCACGUCACAGCUCCAGUAGAUGAUGUCAUCCUUUUGUGUGUCACGACAACCAACGAAUGAUCAAACUCAUAUUUCCAACAGCAUCUAAUAAGUAUUUUGAUUUUAGAUUUCUAGUGCCUUAUAUUACACGCCUAUUUUGAUAAAGUUACUUUAAAGGGUUUUUGUGUAUUUUAUGUAUGUAUGCUUGUACGUGUGUGAACUGAAUGUCUGUGUAUAUGAUUUUGUUACGUUACAGUAUGUGAAAGUAUGUAGAUUCUGUUUUUUGGCUGUGAAAUUUUGUAUGGAAGGCUCUGUGUAGGCUGGAUAGUUUACUCAUCACUUUUCAACUCAGCAACAUAAUAAUCAUAUCGCUUUUAAUCAAAAAGAAAAAAAUCUUACAUGAGGACUCAACUACAGACAAAAAAGAAAGCGGUUUUAAAAUAGGUUGUAAGCAGGAUGGUCUGAUCGUUUUGGACAGAAAAAAGUUUGUAUGUCGACAGAUUUCCAUCUUCUCUUCCUGGGACACUUGCACAAGCUUUGUGUAUAUACUCUUUCAUUCAGACUUCAGUUUGCCUGCCAUAAAAUGUUGGCCACAUUAGCAACUUUGGCACCGACUGUGAGCUGGCUCAGACAAGUCAUACUUACUCAGCUAUGUAGAAAUCUAUAUAAAGCUGAACAGCAGUGGCUAUCUUUGUCAGUUUGGACAAAAAGCAAGAUAACAAACCAUACGGACACGCUCAUUGUGUCCCACUUGAAACUCCUCACGUAAAAUCUGUCAAUCUGGUCGUCUGUGUUCUUCAUUCUGAUGUCUACAGUUAUAUUUUAAUUUUCUUUUUAACGACAAAGGCUGAAAGAAGUUCAGGUGCUACGUCUCCAACAACACAGAACCUACAAUAUCAAUUUUUUUGUAUCUCCAUUAACGCUUGACCAUAUAAGGGAUCAUUGACAGUAUUCCACCAUCUAACAGUAACCCUGUUGUUGUUUUUUGUAUGCAUGGUACCACUUUUGAGAUGCCCCUUUGGUCGUACCUGUUAUGGAAAGACUUGCACUUUCUCUCUUUGUACUAUGCACUAAUACUAGUAUCCUAUUAUCUCCGAUAAGCCCCUCCCCCUCCCCCCAAAAGGAGUUUUACUUGAACUCAGUAAAGACGGACCCUUCAAUGCUCACAUGGUUGUGUAUAUGUAAAUAACACAAAACACAGAGAGUAAUUGAAAUGCAUAAAUAAGUGAUUUAGAGUGAAUAAAAAUCUAUCAGAUAUACAGAGUGAUAUAAUAAAAGGAUGCACCUGAAAUCACAGUUUAUGGCACAGCAGUUUGUGCAAUACAUCACAUUGUGGAUUUGUUGUACCACAAAGAGAAGUUUCACAAAAAAAGUGUUCUAUUUUACCCCCAAUGUAUCAUGUAGAUGGAAAAAACUGGAGUUUAUAAAUUGUAUAAAAACGAAAAUAUGGUGUGUUACUUGGAUCAGUUACCUCCAAUUGGUCUGUAAAUGUAAACUUCUUUUUUUUGUUAUGUUUUCUGCUCCGGGUCAACAAGUGCUUUUUAUUUUCUUACAUUGGUUCUUGGAGCGUGUGAAAACCGAAAAACAGGUCUGUAUGGUUUUCUGUUCUCUGUCGACACAAGUUUCAUUUGUUACAAAUAAACUCAAGUGAAAUGAU